GAGAGAGAGAGAGAAAGAGGAGAGAACCGUUCGGGAGAAGGAAAAAGAAGAAGAAGGAGAAAAUCUUGGAGAUUUCUUCCUAGACUUGAAUUGAAGCUUAAUUUGGAGGUUCGGGUGACACGUGGAUACGAGCAAAUGGAGCAUAGAGAUGAGCUAGAGGCAGCACAGCCGCCACCAAUGGAUAGAAUGGAAAGAAUGGAACGGUUACUAGAGGGGGUGUUGGGUGUGAUGAACCACCAAGUGCAUAAUCAACCGCCGCCACCGCCCGCGGUAGUUAUUGCGCAGCCUGUGGCAGAAAUGAGUAUCAAGGACUUUCAAAAGAUGAAGCCUCCUAUUUUUGAAGGUGGAAUUGACCCGUUGAAGGCUGACAACUGGAUUUUGGGCAUGGAGAAAAUAUUUGCUGUGGCUCAGGCACAAUGUCCGGCGAUGCACAAGGUUGUUCUUGCUACCUAUAACUUCGAGGGAGAGGCGUACAGAUGGUGGCUAAUACAGAGGGAAAGAGAGCCAAAUAUGACCUGGGUACGAUUCAAAGAGGUAUUUUAUGAAAAGUAUUUUCCACAGACACUUAAGGAUGCUAAGGUCAAUGAAUUUAUCAACUGGACGCAGGGUCCUACUAUGUCAGUGUCAGAAUAUGACAGAAUCUUCACAGAUUUAAGUCGGUUUGCACCACAUAUGGUUGAUACAGAUGCUCGUAGGGCAAGGAGGUUUGAGGAAGGACUAAAGGAUGGGCUACGUGAGCCGAUCAAACUUCUUAGGUUGCCAACUUAUGCUGAUAUACUAAAUGUGGCUUUGUUGUCCGAAGAAGAUCGGGCUAAAAGCAAAGCUAAGGCAGAAGGGCAGAAAAGGCAGACUACUUUCGUGCCAGUCAGGAAUCAGGUAGUCGGGGGUUCUUUUAAAAGGCAAAACACAGGUACAUCGGGGUGGAGUCAAGGUGGAAGCAGUAAUAGCAAUAAUAGUGGCUCUCGACCAUGUCCUAAAUGUGGAAGAGCGCAUAGAGGUCAGUGCUACAGGGAUACAGGGGCAUGCUUUAGGUGUGGGCAAAUAGGGCACUUGAUGAAAGAUUGUCCGGCCAUGACGAAGCCAAAUGUGAGAACACCAACUGCUACCACUAGUUCAGCACAGAGCUCAGGUACGAAACCGGAUAUGGGAAAGAAACAAGGCAAGGUCUUUGCUUUGGUUCCGGGAGACUCUCAAAAUGCAAAUUCAGUGGUGUCAGGUACACUUCAAAUUUGUGGGCAUUCAGCUUAUGUGCUUAUUGAUUCGGGAUCUACUCAUUCUUUUGUUUCUAUGCAAUUUGCUGCUAAGUUAACUAGACCACUUGAACCACUUGACCACGAAUUGCAUGUGUCACAACCUAUGGGUGGUAAUAUUGCAUGUUCUACUGCUUAUAAGGCUUGUGAUAUUUUAGUUGGAAGUGCGCAUUUAUUGUAUUGCUAA